UAUUUAAAAGUAAAUUUGAAUUAUGAUCUUUGGAAAUUAUCAAAUCUAGUAAAUAACAAAGAACAAAAGUCUUGUAAUGCAUUAAUAUUAGAUUUACAAAAGAUGACGAGAUCAAGAAAUCUAGUAGAAUUUAUACAACAAAUCAGCGAGGCAGCGAUAAUUCUACAGGUAAUUAAAGCUUAUCAAUGUGUACCAAAUUUAUCCAUUUCUAGCAAGAAUGAGAAUAAUAAAAAGGAUUUAUGUUUAAACAGUUUUCAAACUAUAAUGCAAGAACAAAAUUAUUGUUCAUGUGUAAAUAAUGAAUGUCACUGCUGGUAA